AUGACUUUAGUGAACGGAAUUGAUGAACCUAGUGGCGAAUCCCAAGCAACGCAGUUGCUGGAAAAUAUAUUGCGUCGCGAUGUUACGACUGGCCCGAGCAGGGAUGAUCCUGGCGCUUCCCGCCGCACAGAGGACGAGACAUUAAUCCAUGACUCCCAUUCAUCAGAUGCCAGCACUCGCAACACUGUUCCACAGUAUCAUUUUCAUGGUCUCGCUGCGACGCAGACCGAUUCUCAGGGCGAAGCUCAACCCGAAGGCGCAGAUUCUCAAAAAGAAAAUUCUCUUGCAUCGUGGGACAGGGACAGGCUCCUGGUUACUCCAGGUUCCCCGACUUCUCCAUCAGCUGCGUGUGCGCCAACGACAACAUCCAGUAAGCCUACUUCGGCCUCUGGAAGCUCCGACCUUUUUCGAUCCACGUUCGUCACAGCAAAUAAUACGAAUGCCACUGCUCGUCCAGCAGUUCCGCCUGUUGUAUCGCGGGGCCCCUUCAAUAAUCCCAACUUGAGCACAAAACCUCUCAAGGUGGUCUCCUUCCGGUCUCCUAUCGCGUCUCCGCAGGCUGCGCCACAACCUAAUGCCGCAUGCACGCAUACCCCAUUGUUUACAUCUGAACGCCAGAGAUCUCCAUCACCAGCCUCUCAAAGUUCCUUUCCCAGUAUCCACUCUUACCAAGAUCCAGAUAAAGCCAUUGUUGAGAGUACAAAAGCCUUCCAUAUCCCAUUGACAGAGCUGGGUGAGCCCAGCUUAAAAAACUCACGACAUCCUUAUACUCCCUUCCAGCCACUCUCCGCCGGUCGGGUCUUUGUCGCAUCGACACCGUCGAACUCGCAGUCGAGCAAUUCUCGGGGCGAACAUUCGCAGCCCGAUCAUGACUAUGGUCUUGGUCCCCCAGUUCACGGGUCUCAACAGGAUGGAGAUACGCAGGUGUCUGAUGACUUUCCACAGGGUCAAGGCCAGCCGAGAGGCUUGGAAUUAGACGGUUCACAUCCGGCAGGCCAAGGGCAGGGAGAUCCUACGCCCUCGUCUCCUCGGUCUGUGUCUACUGAGCUUUCAUCGUCGUAUGAGCGCCUGUUGAACUUGGAUCCUUUCGAGGAUAAUCCGGAUACUUCGGCUGCGACGCAACCAGCAACGCAGCCUGUCACACGGCAUGCGAUGCAACAGACAACACAGCUCGUUACACAGCCUGUAACACAACAAGCAACGCAGCUCGCCACGCAGCCUGCGACGCAACCUAACGAAAUAGAGGAUAGGCAGUUAGCCUCCCCUCCUACUGACGUACAUGACGCGGAAUCUCGUCCAACCGACCUUGACCGUUUACCCGGUAUGAGUCAGGUGGAGUUCCCUUCUGUCCCUCCGGGUGCACCAUCAACCAGUACUACCGUCACCGUGCCCAAGAACGUUGCCGGUCUGCUAGGGCCAAAGAAAUUAUGGCGGAUGCAGGCGCUCUUCCCUGGCGCACGCAUAUCGACCGAGCAGACAGGCAUGUCUUCGGAAGAGAGGGCGUCCACUUUCGCUGGACCUCGCGAAUCCAUGCGGGACAUGCCGCCGUCGAAUGCAUCUGCUGUCCAAGGCAGUUUAACUACUCCUAUAACUCCAAUCCCGAUACCAUCGCAUCACAACGUGGUGACAUCGAGAACGCGUUACUCCGACGAUAUGGAGGUAGUGCCGGAUUCAGAAGCCACAGAUGUUGAGAUGGCGCGACAGAACAGUUCUCCGCCUGUGCCUCUCGCUCGUCUACCUGCACCAGUUCCUGAGGCACGGUCACGUGGACAUGUCGUUCAGCGAAUGACGAGCCAGACCGAAGAGAAUUCGGACGAAGAAGUGAUCCAAGAUUCCGCCUUGUACGAUGAGGACGAAGCUUCAGGCGACGAAGAUGACCAGGAUGAGGUUCCGUUGGCUGCGGUAGUUCCAACUCCAGUGGUGCAGCAGCAGAAGGGCAAGGGGAAGGCCCCUGCUGGUCGACUGACUCGGGUGGCAGGUGUCAAGAUUGCUAAGAAAGCCACGGAGCCUUUCGAGGCAGACAUGGAGGAGAUCGGUCGUUACAGCGGAUUCGAAGACCCACCAUCUCGGGAAACGAGGAUAAUACCAUCCUCCGACCCUUUGACAGAUUACGGACCUGUCGCAGCUAACGCUCUCGCUGGCUCUUGGGAAUGUAAGAGUGCGGUACAACCUGAAGAAGACGCAACUAAAGGGUGCAGAAAGUCCGUCACACCUGUUGUCCAGAAGGGACGCAGAACACCAGCGACGCGAACUGUUGAGGAUCUGGACACAGAAAUGCCGGACUGUGGUGAGGAAGAUACUACAGAGCCUGCUGACGACGAUUACAUGGACGACGAUGAAGAGGAUGCUGCGCCUGCACCACUCAGGCGAGGUCGCAAGAGGGGACGGGCGGCCUCCGUGAGGAAGAAACUCCCUCCCAGGGCCGCCGCAAAGGCCGCCAAAGCUCUAGCGGAUACUCCUCGACCGACCAAAAAGCUCAAGGCUUCCUCCUCUGGUGUGAAAGAAGAUUUUUCGGCCGCUACGCGCGUAUUUGCCCUCUGGAAACAGGAUGGGCACUACUAUGCCGGCACCGUUUACUCAAUUUCCACGACUUCUCCACCACGAUAUCUCAUUCACUUUGACGAUCGUACCGAAAGCGUUGUUGAUCUGUCGAAGAUGCGGCUUUGCAAAUUCAAUAUAGGGGACCACGUUUUGCUAGGGGACAAUCAAAGAGGGACAAUUGCCGUGUGGACAGGAUGCAGUGCGGACGACGAGGUCACCGUGAAGGUCGAUAAUGGUGAUGACUUCGAGACCUCCGUCGUGGAGCUACAAGAAGUACGGAUCGCUUCGCGUACCCUGGUGACUGAAUGGAAAGAUCGAAUGCUGACUACCGAAUCGGUGGUGACCGCACUCCGACCCAGUCUCAAAGUUAGUCCGUCUCCCUCGAAGUUGACCGUCGUCAGUGCUGGCUCUGUUAGGAUCUCGCGCAAGCCUCUUGCGAAGACUGGAUUUGUUGUCACCCUGAGUGCAGGUAACGACAACUGGGAAGCUGUGAAGGAUGGCGUCAUGGCUAGUAUCAGGAACCUGGGAGGUGUGGUUAUUGAAGACUGGACAACCAUCUUCACUAUGGAAGGAUCUCACAGUCAAAACAACAAGUGUUGGAUCCUGCGGAAGGAGGACGUUCGCUGGAUCAAGAGCGAUACCGUAGAGAGAGUAUUCCUCUUGUCUGAUGACGCGAACCAGAAACCCAAAUUCCUCAUGGCCCUUGCCCUCGGGGUUCCGUGCAUAUCCGUCGGUUGGCUUAAAAACCUAGCACAUCAAACCGACCAUGACUGGCAGCCGUAUUUGCUGCCCGCAGGGUACUCUGACUCCCUCGAAGCCCGCGUUUCUCAGAUGGUUGAUCUCGAUUGGGGAAAUAGCAUCGAAUACCUCGAAGAUAUAAUGAGGAAUCCAGUUGCAUCGAAGCUAUUCGAAGAUCUAUCCAUACUUUGCGUUCACUCGGAAUUUGUGCCCCUCCAUCCCCGGGCGGCCAAGCGAAAUGCUACGGAUGCGGCCAGGGCAAAGGAGGCGAGCCGCAUGGUGCCUCGAAUUCUGCUGUGUAUGGGCGCGUCUUAUGUUGAGGCAGUGCCCGACGUCCUAUAUGCAUCGUCCAAGGACCUCAAAGUGUACAAUUAUGUUGUCGUGAAAGACGCAGGCGAUGCCGCGAAUCUUCUGACCACCGCUGGCGAUGUUAACUGCGUGCAUUUGCCGUGGGUGAAGGACUGCCUCAUCGCGGGGCGACUCCUUCGUCGCCCUGAAUACUAA